AUGAUCGCCACUGGAGGCCUCCUGAGGAUCUCGGCUAGGAAACAGGACCCCUUGCGACCCCAAGGCCAAGUCCCCAAACGCAAGCGCAAGUCCAGAAAGAAGCGCAAGAAUGACGUGGUGGUGGUGAAAGGCAAGCUCAAGCUGUGCUCCCUCUCGGGGUUCAUUGCCCUCUGUGGCAUCCUGGUACUGCUGGUGGGCAUCACCUUAGCUGUGGUGGGCUACUGGCCAAAGCCUAGCCAGGUGUACAGAGAAGGCAACCUCAGCGGUGGUCGGCACCUAGCACCGCAGGGUGGCACCCCCAAGAACCGCUCCUGGAGCCAGGAAGGGGUGCAAGCAGGGAUCCAUCCAGAGUCACCCUCCAGAGCCAAUACCUCCACCACUACUACCACCGGUGGGUCCCCACAGUCCCCGCCUUCUUCCUCAUCCCCCCAGGCCUCAAUGGGUGUCCUUUUCCGUCUUUUCUCGAGCUACUUGCAUUCAGACAAGCUGAAGGUGCUGGGCCCUCUCAUCAUGGGUAUCGGUAUCUUCCUCUUCAUCUGCGCCAAUGCGGUAUUGCACGAGAACCGCGAUAAGAAGACCAAGAUCAUCAACCUACGUGACCUCUACUCCACUGUCAUCGAUGCCCACAGCCUGCGGGCCAAGGAUGGAGGCACCCCAGGCUCAGCUCCUCUCAAUGGCUUCGUCAACUACGUGCAGUCCCGGGGCCUGGAGCUAAAGCCUGGAGGUGAAGGCCUGGGUGCUGCAGCCAUGCUGGCCAAGAGCUCCUGGCCACCAGGACUGGGUGUCUCCCUUUCCCCACCAGAUCUGGCGUCCUCACCGCGGCGUUCCUCCUUCUGCGCUCCACCACAGCCACCCAGCCUGGCUGAGGCAGUGUACAGCGUCUGCCGGGAGCGUGGUGUCCUCGCUGGCCACACUGUCACCAGCCCACCCUGCAGCCCUCCUGAGAGCUGCGACCGGUGCAGCACAGCCAGUUCCAUCGUUGGCUCUUCACUGAGUGCUUUUGCCCUCCUGCCCCUGGGGCCGAGCAGUGGAGGGGGAGGCUGGCGGAGACCACCUGGUGAGCGAGGAGCCCAGGAGAUCCCACGGGGGGAGUUUGAACUGAGCCUAACUGACCUCAGCGGCAGCCAUGUCGAGGGAGGCUGUGGGACAAGGAGACACAAGCUGGUUUUCAGGCGGCAGAGCACCAGCUGCUUGCCCGAUGCCAGGCGUCCCCUUUUCUCUGAGCCACCUCAGUCACCAGCUGUCAGCAGGGUCCUGGACUCCAGCCUCUUGGGAAAGACAUCUAGCUACUCCGGAUCUCUGGAUAUGGGGGUGUCACCCCCCUCAGCCCCUCCUAUCAUCACCAGGACGGACUCCCAGAGCUCUGAGUCUGAGCCUUCAAGAAGCAAUAAGGGCUACAGCCACCUGGAGGAGGCAGGCACCUCCUUGGAGUCAGUUGCCAACACCGCAGCCAGUAAAAUUCAGGACUCUGAGGAGGAGCCAGUUGAGAAGAUAGACCCCCUCAAGGCUACCAGCAGAGAACAAACAGGGGAGCAAUCUCAGCAAACUCAGAGACAGUACACAAAUAAAGAGAAACUCUUCAUGAUUUCUAGGUCACACGCUGCAUUAGGGCUGCAGGAUGCAGAACUGGAGAGUACUGGCAUCUAAAUAAAACAGAGAAGGCACGAGGACGCCUUGCAUCCUCCACACCUUCCCCUCCUUCUUCAUCUCCUUGUGGUCUUAGGAAAACAAUCAAUAUCCAAAGAGCUGCACUAUGUUACCCUU